GCAGUGACUGGUGUGUCAGCCUCUGGUGGCUGUGGAUAUAAAUAUCGUGGAGAGGGGUAAAGUGCUAUGGCUGAGCUGUUGAAGAAAAUCAACACUUCAGACAAGUCUCCAUCAGCUAAAGGCAAGUUGGGAUCAAGUUCAGAUAAACUUUGCUUGAGUCAACCCCCUUUUAGAGAAGACCCCAUGCAAGCUAAGAAAACCACACCUCCUUUGAGCUAAGCAUUUGGUUUCUUUGAUCUAACUAUAAGUGGAGCUGGAGUUGAGGUAUUUUUAGAGCAAUUGACUCCUUAAACCACGUGUGCCCACGUUGAUCAGGAUGACUGUUCAAUCGCCCCUUGUGCCAAUCCUGCUCUUGGUGCUGGUUUCGGGCAUGGUGCACUGUAUCCCGCUACUGACACCCCAGCGAAAUGACACCCUGGACCAUCGCUGGGAGAGCCUUUUCUCUAGAUCAAUGGGUAGGAUCCCGGGAGAAAGAAAAGACAUGAAUCGGGAAAGUGACUAUUUGCUGGGCAUCAAAAGGCUGCGACGUCUUUACUGCAACGUGGGCAUCGGGUUUCACAUUCAAGUUUUACCAGAUGGCAAAAUAAAUGGGAUGCACAAUGAAAAUCGAUACAGUUUGCUGGAAAUCUCACCAGUGGAAGUGGGAGUGGUCAGCCUGUACGGUGUUAAGAGUGGGAUUUUUGUUGCUAUGAAUGGAAAAGGAAAGCUAUAUGGAUCAAGACAUUUCACAGAUGAAUGCAAGUUCAAAGAGACCCUACUUCCGAAUAACUACAACGCAUAUGAAUCAAGGAGGUACCCCGGAAUGUACAUCGCUCUAAGCAAAAACGGAAGGACAAAAAAAGGGAACAGAGUGUCCCCAACAAUGACACUAACACACUUCCUGCCUCGGAUCUGACAGCGUUAAUUGGGAAAUCCUUGGAUUGGGCGGUAGGGGAAGAACUCGGUGCACUUUGAAGAUAGUUCAUGCAAGAGCUGAUGUAACAUAUUUAAAUUAAUUAUUUAAGUCUGUAUAUAUGGUUCAGGAAGUUUAUUUAUAGCUACUUACUUUUGUAUUUCUUCUUAAUAUUUUAUUCCUUUUAUUGUGGGGAAAAUGUAGUGUAAUAACUCACAAGCUGCUGGAUUGGUCUACAACGUGUUGCUGUGCAAUGUGCUGUGAACACGACAGCGGUGUUAAAUGUUGGUGCCAUUGCUGAGCUGCUACACUGUUUUGUACUGUUUACAAGCUGCACACAUAAAGUCAGUGUGUACGUACUCGUACAGUAUUUCUUAGCUAUAGCAGAUAAGAUGCAACAAGUGUUAGGAUGAAGCUACCAAUGACUCCUAAACUCAGUUCCCAAUAGACUGAACCAGUGUCAGUUUACCCCUUGUACAGAAGGUGCUGUGCAGGAUUGGGACUCUACAAAUCUGUUUUUAGAUCUGUCACUGUUGAACUCUGAACUUCUUCAGCCCGUCAAUCUCUGUCAGUCUCUGAGGAGCCUCUUAACCCCUUCAUUGGCGAAGCGGAGGGUCCAGCACUUUGCGGCUCGUAGGUCUAUCUGCUGGAAACUAAAUUAUUGCAUUAAUGAUGAUUUUUGGGGUGCUACUGUAUGUACUGUAGUUGGUGGAAGUCUUAACGAUGGCCAUAUAUUAUUUUGAAAAGCAAAACCAUAAACUCCAGUCAAGUACGUGUAAAAUAAUUAUGCAGGAAGCUAAGACACAUCAAGACACAAAGGUACUUCUUCAUGAAUGUGAAGAAAUCAGGUGGUUUCUCAUUGCGGCACUGUACCUGUAGGUUAUACUGCAUUAACGUUUAGAAACAUUGGCAACGUGGGGAUAUCCCAUACCUUGGGAUCCAAAAUGGUCAUUGUGGAGGACAAAGUAUCUUUUCCAAUAAGAAUUUCUGCUGAUUCCUAAUGUUCAUUCCCACUAAAGCGAUUACACGUCUACCUCACUAUCUGGCCGCAGGACUUGUUCCUUUGUUCCCAUGUCUUGGACCUCUAUUUCUCCAUACGUGGCCAAAUGUACUCUAGGAUGAAGCUGGUGCAGACUAUUUCAGCCUUGUCACGUUUCAGCUAUCUUUACCCUGCGACUUACUUUUAGUAAGGAUAAUCAUGGUGAAAAUAUUUGCAGGCAGCUGUCGGUCUGCACUAUAUGGUCAUCAAGUAACCUUAUAUUUUUCAUUAUAUACUUUGCAAAUGUACAGCCUGUUAUUGGGUACUGGUGUGUUCAUAAAAAAAACAGAUUCCUUUAAAUUGCUACCAGUACGAGAAUACUUAGAUCUUACUUACAUUCCUUAUUAACUCUUCCUUCCAAUAGUGACAUUUUAGUUUGUGACGCUGCUUAAAUAAUUUGGGGCCUGAUUCAGACUUGAUCACUAUUGUGCGAAUUUGCACAGUGGACGAUUAUUGAAUGACUGCGCUUGCGUAUGCACCACAAAGCGCAGGCGCGUCUCGCCAAACAGCGACAGGAUUGUGCGAAAAUUUUGAUCGCGAGGAGUUUGCAAGGUGAUUGACAGUAAGAGGACGUUUGUGGGUGGUAACUGGUUGUUUUCAGGGAGUGUCAGGAAAAACGCAGGCGUUCCCAAGCGUUUUCAGGGCAGGGGUGUGACGUCAGCUCCGGCCCCGAUCAGUCUGUAUCGCACUGUAGGGGUGAUUCAGACCUAAUCGCUGCUGUGCGUUUUCGCACAGUGGGCGAUCAGGCACAAACUGCGCAUGCGUAUGCACCACAGGUGCGUCGCAUGGGUACAAAGCGGAUCCCCGCUCAGCGAUGGGUUUGUGCUACUGAUCCGUUCGCACGGGCGAUCACAAGGAGACUGACAGGAAGAAGGCGUUUCUGGGUGGCAACUGACCAUUUUCAGGGAGGUGUUGGAAAAACGCAGGCGUGUCCAAGCGUUUGCAGGGAGGGUUCCUGACGUCAGUUCCGGUCCCGGACAGGCUGAUGUGAUCGCAGCGGCUGAGUAAGUCCUGGGCUGCGCAGAGACUGCACAAAAUCAGUUUGUGCAGCUCUGCUACACAUGCGAUCACACACUUGCACAGCUAAAAUACACUCCCCCUUGUAGGCGGCGACUAUCUGAUCGCAGCAGUGCAAAAAUCACUUGCUAGAGAUCAGGUCUGAAUUACCCCCUGUAGGAGUAAGUCUUGGGCUACGCACAGAGUAGAAAAUUAUUAGAUGGUGAGUGAGUUGCGAACGGAUUUGCAGCUGUCCGCUGUCUGGCGGAAUUUUUGCACGGCGUACACUUGCAUUUGCACACUUGCACGGGGCUGGUUUUCACUCUCUAUGGGCGGCGGCUAUCUUAUCGCAGCCCUCUGCAAAUUUGCAGCACAGCAAUCAGGUCUGAAUUAGGCCCUUGGAGCGAUAUUUAGCUACGUGCUGCUCCAUAGGCAGAUCACUAUCCUUGUCCAAAGUUGCGUCUAAUCUAGCAUAUAGAUACCGUUUUGAUACUAAUGAGUCAGUCGCUAGAACAGGUACACAUUGUGCGUAGACACAGCCCUUUCUCUGGGGGAGGGAGACCUCAUUAAACUGACCUUUUAACUCUUUCCUUUCCAGAUCACUCAGUUAGAGCAAACACUGAUCCCAAUAUCUAAAACAUUUUGGAAGUCCUAUAUGUUGGGCUGAGUGUAUAGUUGAAUUGUCAUGCUGCACAAGCUAGUAAAGGUGAUAUUUGCAGCUUAUUACUGAUGAAAGGCAUUGCAUCUACAGUAUUAACCCUUCAAGAAAAAAGCAGUUUACAAUGUUCCAUGAUUUGUCUGUAGUUUUAUACAGGUGUUCUUCAAUAUUGUGUUGUAUGUGCUGUGCACAACUGAAUGCGUAAUAAAC